CUAGCACUUAGUAACUUGGUACUACAGGCUAACUAUUGCCUACGGUACGUCUAGCUUCUAGGUUUUAUCUAGUCUUCAUAUUAUUAUUGAUCUCCCUUUCCAAGCUUCGUCGAAAGGGGUUGUCGUCGAGUAUCUGAUUUGGGUGGUGGGAUUGUACCACCCUGUUCUGCUUGCGUUGGAAUUCCAUUGAACUUUGGCUCCCUCCAUCUUUUUUUGCACGCCCGCUGGUUCGACAGCGUGUUCAUCAAGGCUACAUAGUACAAGCUAAAAAGCAUUUCGUGUGUCUUUCUACCAGAAACUAUCGAACAGAAAAACAGAAAACCAGUACUGUCGCUGUUUUGCAUCCCCGAGUCACCACCUGUGGACAACAAUGGAUGCGUCCUCGUGCCUCGAUUCGCGGUCCCCAUAACGGUCAAUUCUUCGUCAGAUUAAACUACCAGCAAUGGCCGCUCCGUAUCAGUACCUGCGGAGGGAACGAGCGGCCAGCGACCAGGCCCAAACGCUGAUGAACCUCGUGCCCUCUGCGACGCCCGUCCGCCCUGGACCCCCCGCCCGGACAACCUCUGCGCCAGCGGGUGGCCUCUUCCGACUCGGGCGGUCCAAUUUGCCGAUGGACGCAGGUGCGAAGAUGGGACAUGCGGUCAUCGAGGAGGACGAGAUCCCGCCCACGCCGGACGAGGAGGCUGCAAGGACCCCGCGUGCUGCGAAGAGCAGCGAUGAUGUAACGAUAUCCUCGAGCCCCGACCGACCGUACGUGACGAUUGCCGUGGUGGGUGGAGAUGGAGUUGGGAAGACCACUUUCAUCCGAUGGGCCCUGGAGCUGCGCACCGCGUCCGAUUCACGGGUCAACACCAGGGAGAUCCCCGUCGAUGGCGCCGUCUUGGUGGUGCGGGUGCUGGAGAUUGCCUCGAGAGAUGUCGUCGUCGACGAGAAACGAUCGCUCAUCGUCUGGCCUCGCUUCGGAGAGUAUUCUCCCAGACCCGCCAUCGAUGCCGUUAUCGUGGCUCACGAUGCAACCCGCCCGGCCACUCUAGGGGAGAAUGGCAUUUUAAUCGAUGCUCUACACAGAUCCUCCAUCCCGUACGUUCUGGCCGCCUGCAAAUGCGAUCUCACCAGUCCCACCAGCCAAGGCUCCCCGACGUGGAGAGACACAUACAGAACUUCCCCCAAACUGCCCCGUUCCCAGAGAAAGUGUCUUGUUGCUGCUUUGCGGCUGACCUCUGCGGGUCGAUAUGAUCGCCAGAGCCCCGUCCGCCCGCAUCGCCACCCGACCGGCGAUUCCUCAUUGCCGCAGACUCAGGUCAGGCAAUAUUCGACUCAGGAUUGGCACCACGCCCGUGCGAGGUCGGAAAACCCCGCCGCUGCCGCCGUACCGCCCGGCCGCGACACGGCAAGUGCUGGUCCUGCCUUUGAUCUGGGCGUGGUCGGUGGGCACGUUGACCGCCGUCGUCCUUCCAUCGACCACCUGGCGGGCACUUCUACCACUCCUGGGACUGCCCCGAGCUCGAGAUAUGUGCGCAGUAAUUCGUACCCGGUGCGCCCGCAGACUCCUCCUUCCGCGGUCGGUGUAGACCUGCGCAGACCCCCAACUUCGGACUCGCUCAACAGCUCCUCCUCGCCUAGUCGAGACCGCCAUCGCCAGCAUCGCCUGCACACGGCCUGGCGCUUCAGCGCGGGAUCGGACGCGUUCAACUCUUUUCUCGACAUUGACGAUGAGAUGGACCAACCCACCUCCGCCCCCGCAAGCCCGGAGGUGAGCAACGCCAGCAGCAACAGCACUAUCCCCACCAGCAACACUAUCCCCAAUCGCAGCAGCAGCGUCAAGGACCGAGGCAGCAGCGAUGGAGGCGUCACAGUCGACACCGGGCCUACCUUCGACGAGCUGGUGGACCGCCUGGUAUCGGUGCCCAUGUCCAAGCAGGACUCCAAGUUCGCCGCCAUUUUUCUCUGCCUGUACCGCAAAUUCGCCGCUCCCGCCACGCUGCUCGGCGCGCUGGUCUCGCGCUUUGAACGCAACGAGCGAAACUCCGCCGACCAAUUGACCCGCAUGGCAGACCAGCUGCGGCUGCUCAGCGCCAUGGCGCAAUGGGUGUCGGAAUACCCGGGCGACUUUGCCUACCCGAAGACCCGGAAAAAGAUGGCUGACUUUGUCUCGACCCUGGAGAAGAGUCAUUUCUACAUGUUCGCGGCCAAGGAAAUCGGAUCCUACCUCGAGACCAACGCCAAGGAGGAUGAUGUCGGCUGGCCCUUUCGUGAUGGCAAUACGGAGGAAUUUGAUCCGGACCGCGUCGAGACCUUCUUUUACACCUCCGGCCGCAGCUCCCCGUCUGCAUGGCUAAACGGGCCGGUGGAAUAUGACGAGGAGUAUGUUGAAGAUAGUAAUGAAGAACAAUCACAACAACCACAACAACCACAACAACCACAACAACAACCGCCGCCACCACCACCACCACCACAGCAACAACCACGAAAACAAUCGCAAGAAGAAGAAGACGUGGCGGAAGAAGAAGAGGAUCCAUUGUACCAUAGUAUGGGAACGCUGGAUAUCCAUGAGGACACACCAGACACGUCGGUACGGCUGUCGGGCACGCUGACGAAUUCCAGCGCGGGCAAGUCCAGCAGCACGUUGAACCAGUCGUUCACCUUGAUGACCAUCGACAGCGCACAGAAAGAGGCGGCCACCCUCGAAUUAAUGCCCAAAUUCCCCAUCACCAAGACCCUUUGGCGGCAGUUCAUGGAAGUUCCCGACGAAGAGUUUGCGCGCGAGCUGACCCGCAUGGACUGGGUCAUGUACAACUCGUUUCGCCCCCGGGACCUUGUCCGCCAUGUGAGCAUUAGCGGUCCGGAGAAGGAGCAGGUCAAGAGCCUGCAGAAUGUCAACCGGAUGAUCAAGCAGUUCAAUCAUCUGGCCUACUUUGUGGCCAGUAUGAUCCUGUUCCGAGACAAGCCGAAGCAUCGAGCGAAGGCUUUGGAGAAGUUUAUGAGCAUUGCUCAGAAACUCCGUCGGCAGAACAAUUACAACUCACUCGGCGCCGUGAUCGCCGGCAUCAACGGGACGCCCGUGCUGCGGCUGUCGCAGACGCGUGAGCUGGUCCCGCCUGCCGUGCAGAAGGAUUUCAUGAGGCUGGUCAUCCUCAUGGGCACGCAGAAGAGCCACUUUGCGUACCGGCUCGCGUGGGAAAAUUCCUUCUCGGAGCGGAUCCCCUUUCUCCCGCUGCACCGGAGGGACCUGGUCUCCGCCGAGGAAGGGAACCGCACCUUUGUCGGCGAGAACAAGACCAGAAUUAACUGGAAAAAGUUCGAGGUCAUGGGCGAGGUUGUGCUGGGCAUACAGCGCAGCCAGCAGACGCCGUACACCUAUCUGCAGAAAUCCGAAGACGUGCAGCGCAUCGUCCUCGAGUCCAAGCUCUCGGGUGUUGAAGAGGUACCGUACCUCUCUUUUUUUUUUCCCCCAUUGCAGGUUGUUAUUUGUUCAAGGUGCUAACCCAUCCCGUAGGAACUAUAUGCACGCAGUCUACAAGUCGAGCCAUCCGCCGGCG